CUCCUCCUUCUCCUCGCCCCGCCUUUCCCCUCCCUUCUCCUCAGCUCCUCUAGUUCCUUCCCCGCCUCGCCACCUUCCACGAUCUCGCGAGACUUGGCUCAGAACAUUGCGGAUCGGGUCGGCGCCAUUUUGGGACUGAGACUGGUCGUGGGGGAGGGAAAAGCGGCAAAAGGGGAUUAUUCAAAGUACCGAAAACCUCCUCCCGGGAUCGAGCGCAGCGGCACCCCCAGGCCAGGGGCACCUCUGGUGUCGCAGAAGGUGAUUGAAUUACUCAGAUAUGAAGAUCAUCUUCUAGGUUUUGUGUAAAAGGCCCCGGAUAUUUCAAGUGGCCAUUUUGGAAUUACAAUGUUUCUGGAUAAUUUUGCCCCAGAAGUUUAUUAAAAUUGGCAAGAAUCAUCUCUGAAGUGAAUUGAUAGUAGUGAACAAUUCUACAAGCUUUAAAGAGACCCAGGCAUUUCUUCAGUAUUUUGGUUCAGACGGAUUAUAUAACUGGUUAAAGUAUUUCAGCUGGUGGUAUUUUUGCCUCCCCCCCACCCCCCAGUCCCUCCCCUGUUGUUGGUGUUCUUCAGCCAGAACUGUAAGAUAUGUUUGAUUUGUGUACUGAGUAGUUUCUCUGCAGUUUCAAAUUACUGUUUAAAUAUUGCUGAAGUUUCAUGGCAGUUUAUUUUUACCUUUAUUUAAAGUUUUAGGAAUUUUUGACCUCAGCCCUUUUCAUGUCACAAUGGGACAGCUUUUCUAAAUGAAGACAUUGAACGAAUACAGAGUUUUUUUGCUUUUAUCUUUUAUUUACAUGGAAAUUUAAGAUGUUGCAGUUUCCCAGCAGCAUGGUAGUAUUGAGAUAGCUGUGUGUCUCUGUUUAUGCUGAUGUUUAGGAAUGCUCUUCAGAUGUGAAAUUUUCUUUUUGUUUUUGCUUUUUGGCUCGUAAAUUGGAUAUUUCAUCUGGAGUGGAUAAGUACAACAGUGACAAGUACAUGGAAUAAUAAAGAAGACUUUAAAAUCUUAAAUCCAAGGAACUUGGCUAAUUCUGGAGAUAGCCAUAUGAAAACUUUAAAACAGAAGUAUGGGUAGCUGACUGAAGUAACUCUAUGUCAAGUAGCCAUAGGUUAAGUAUCUUCAAAGAACUUGGAUUUUAUUUCAGAGGAUACAAAAUAAAAAAACAAACUGGAAAACAUAAAGAUUACAGAGAAAAACCCAACACCUUCCUGUGCAGUCCUGUUGGAAUUUGAGAAGAUUAGAGUUGCUCCAGGGGACUGGAUUAAUAAAUUCUUUUGGGAGGCUCUGCUUUGAGGGACUUGCCAUGAGGUGUUGAAGCCUUGUUUCGCUGAGUUGGAGAGACUGGACCUAAAUGGCGCAGCAUGACUUUGCUCCAGCCUGGCUUAAUUUUCCUACCCCACCAUCAUCAACAAAGAAGCAGCAUGAGGAUGAAGCCAGGGGCAGUAGGGGAACUUGCACCAGUUAAGUCCCACAGCAGCCAUGUGGCGGGGCCCAGUUGGAUGAAAUGGUCGUCACUGAAUUUUGAAAAGCAUUCUGAAAACUUUUCAUGGACAGAAAAUCGUUAUGAUGUGAAUCGUCGACGACACAACUCUUCAGAUGGCUUUGAUUCUGGAAUUGGACGUCCUAAUGGAGGUAACUUUGGAAGGAAAGAAAAAAAUGGAUGGCGUACACAUGGAAGAAAUGGUACUGAAAACAUAAAUCAUCGAGGGGGAUACCAUGGUGGAAGUUCCCGUUCUCGUAGCAGUAUUUUCCAUUCUGGAAAAAGCCAAGGCCUACAUGAAAACAGCAUACCUGACAGUGAAACGGGGAGGAAAGAAGACAAGAGAGAACGCAAACAGUUUGAGGCUGAGGAUUUUCCAUCUUUAAAUCCUGAGUAUGAGAGAGAACCAAAUCAGAAUAAAUCUUUAGCUGCAGGUGUAUGGGGCCUACACGCCCAGACACACACAUACCCAACCAAAAAAAUCUCCCAAGCUCCUCUCUUAGAAUAUCCCCCGAAUCCUAAAUCUAGAACUCAAAGGAUGCUGGUCAUUAAGAAAGGUAAUACAAAAGACUUACAGCUAUCUGGAUUCCCAGUAGUAGGAAAUCUUCAGUCACAGCCAGUUAAGAAUGGGACUGGUCCAAGUGUUUAUAAAGGCUUAGUCCCUAAGCCUGCCGCUCCACCUACAAAACCUACACAGUGGAAAAGCCAAACUAAAGAAAAUAAAGUUGGGACUUCUUUCCCUCAUGAGUCUACAUAUGGUGUCGGAAACUUUAAUACUUUUAAAUCAACUGCCAAGAAUUUUAGUCCAUCAGCAACUUCAGUGAAAGAGUGUAAUCGCUCAAAUUCCUCUUCACCUGUUGACAAGCUUAAUCAGCAGCCUCGUCUAACCAAACUGACACGUAUGCGCACUGAUAAGAAGAGUGAAUUUUUGAAAGCAUUGAAAAGGGACAGAGUAGAAGAGGAACAUGAAGAUGAAAGCCAUGCGGGCUCAGAAAAGGAUGACGACUCAUUUAAUUUGCAUAACAGCAACAGUACUCACCAAGAAAGGGAUAUAAACCGAAACUUUGAUGAAAAUGAAAUUCCACAAGAGAAUGGCAAUGCCUCAGUAAUUUCCCAACAGAUCAUUCGGUCUUCAACCUUCCCACAAACUGAUGUUCUUUCUAGUUCACUGGAAGCAGAACACAGAUUGUUAAAGGAGAUGGGCUGGCAAGAAGACAGUGAAAAUGAUGAAACAUGUGCUCCCUUAACUGAGGAUGAAAUGAGAGAAUUCCAGGUUAUUAGUGAACAGUUACAGAAGAACGGUCUGAGGAAAAAUGGUAUUUUGAAAAAUGGCCUGAUCUGUGACUUCAAGUUUGGACCCUGGAAAAACAGCACUUUCAAACCCACUAUUGAGAAUGAUGACACAGAGACAAGUAGCAGUGACACAUCAGAUGACGACGAUGUGUGAAGGAUUUCCUAACAGCUUUAGAAAUUUUAGUGUGAUACAUCUCUCAUACAGUUUGGGGUGAAUUGUAAAAAUGAAGAACUAUAAUUUAUGUAGUAAAAUACCCCAUUAGAAGAUGAUUUUUUUGGGGAACUUCAAUAUGAAGAAAACCAAGAAUGUUGUGUUGGGCUGUGUUGAACAUUAUUUCUUUGUUAAAUGAAUGUUGUAGAAAUGAGGACUUUGGUUGAUCCAACAUUGACUUUCUUCAUCACUGCAGCAUUUCUCUGACUAGCAAUGUGACGAUGUAACAAAUGAGAUUUUCUCAUUUAAUAAUAAAAAAAUUGUGUAAUGUUUUGCAAAGCUUCUGUCUUAAAAUGUCCAGGUCUUAAGAAAAAAGGCAGCUUACACUGUUUUGCUUGCAGAGUCAUAUCUUUUUCGUACAGUGGAAAUCCUCAAGUCCACUUUGUGCGGCUCCCCCCACCCUCACCCCUCCCCCCCCCCCCUGCAAAAAAAGGACAAUGUAGCAUGUUGGCUAAAACUGGAGCAAAGUGCACUAAAACAUUAAUUUCCUGAACUCAACUAUUGUACUAGUCACCUUUUAAAACAUAAAUUGCUCUUUAGCCAUUUGUAGUUCAGUAAAUGUUACAGGAAAGACUUGCUACAUUUUCUUCCAAAUUUUAAGAGGUGAUUUUCAAGAGCUUUAUUUGGGUAUGUUGUCAUACCAGGAUUUUCAGAGUUGAUGGAAAAGAGUCUUGUGGGAAAACUUAUUUUGAUAAAUUAUUACACAUGCAGAAAAAUUGAUCACACUGACUGGAUCUGUCCACAACAUGAAAAAUAAACUGGAUUUUCAGAAUAGUGUCGUUCUCUGUAGUGUUAAAGGUAUUGGUCUGUAAACAUAAUGUGGUUUAUUCACUUAUUAAAACUAAGUUAAACUUUAUUAAAGAUGGUGAUUACCUUUUGAGUUUAGAGAAAGAAAGCUAUGGAAAAUAGCUUUUUUAUUAUCAACUGCUU